AUGUUUAUUGCUUUCAGCAUGCUUUGCUUCAAAACAGAGAAGAGCGGAAACGACUACGAGAGCAGUUACUCUUCUAACUUUAACACCGGAAACGCAUUCAGUUACCUUUCUAAGAGCUACUUGAAUUUAUCUUCUUUGCUUCACUGUAGGAAUUCAUUCACUCAAUUAGAAGCCGCCUCUAAGGAUAAAGUCUUUCAUCUGCAGGGAGUAGUAGGUCAUGGAGGCUCAGGGCUACUUUUCCCGAAGGAGCUUGUAGCGACAUUUGAGAGACGUUCAGAGCUCCCUCUUCUCUUGAACUUCCAUAGGAGUCCGCUCGUCGUCAUACCGGGCUUAGGAGAGGAUGUUAACAGUGACGAGUCUCUCCCGCGUCUGCUCCGGUCUAUUUGCCAGAAAGAGUUCUCAAACAUCACAGCACUUCUUCCCCGACGGCUAAAAACUUUCGAUUCCUUCCGCCUCAAGUACGUUCCAGUUUCUGCCCGCAAAGGUCUUUUGUCUGCUAGGACCAUCUCAAUCUCAUUCCAAAAGACUAAGAAUGAAGCGAGGCAACUAGCCUGUCUCUACCUAGUAAGGCAUUGUACGCCACCAAAAAGCACUAACCUUGCAGAUAAGAAUAUCAAACUCGAAAAUAAAGUCCUGCUUGCACCGGUCGACUACAAGGCAUGGGCCUUGCUGCAGGCGUGGUAA